AUGUCUUAAUCUUCUAUUGAAAAGAGUGUUUAUGUUUCAAAAACUUUUUCAAUUUAAUCGUAAGUAGGCUCUAUUACCUCUGAAAGUAAUGCCAGUAUGGAAAAGAGCUUGUAAAAAUCUUCUAUAUAAUCCAAAAUUUCAAAUGAAAUUUAUCCUACUCCGCUUGCGAGAGCUUAACCACCUUGCACAGAUAAUCUCAAUACUCAAAAUAAAAAGAAGAGCAAGUGGAAACGAUUUUUAGACCUUUUUGUUUGCUGUAAUAAAAAUGAUGACGCUUUAAGUUAAUUAAAAUAAGCUUAAGCUCCUUCUUCGAAUUCUGCCAUUUUGAAAAAUUUUAAAGGAUAAUUUUAUGGCGAUUAGAAUUCAGAUAUUCAAAGCAACAAUAGUGAUGCUAAGAGUAAUGGAAGUUAUUUAGCUUUUUAGUUCAGAACUAUCAGUAACUCUACAGCUCUUAAGUCUUUACUGUAUAAUGUUCUCACUUUCCCUAACAAAGGAUACUAAUAAAUGAACUUUGGUCAUUUCAGUUUUUUACAACUCCCAAUAUGGUUUGAGCAAUGUUAAUACAACUCAAAAAAAUCAUUUUGUGAUUUAUUUGGUGCAUGCUUUUCAGGUGAUUAAAUUCUUGUUGUAUAAAACUAUCUUGAUUGGGAGUUCGUCAGCAGCAUUGCGAAAUCAUAUAUUUCAGUUCUUUGCACUUUUAUCCAAUACUUUUACAAUGAACCUCAAAUAUAGUAAUCAAGCAAUUAGAACAUAAAGGAAUCUAAUCACUACAGUUCCACUAUACAAUACAAUAAUAAUUCAUCGCGACUUUCAUCAUCGUCAUCGAAUAAUAGCAAUUACAAUAUUAAUUUCAGUAAUAAAUUUUCUGAUUAAAUUUUUGAAAAACAAGAACUGCAAAACACCGAGUUUUUAAAUUGUUAAAAUUUGUCCUCAACAUUAAAUUUAAAUUUAUUUGAUAAAAUAAUUAUAAUCCCCACUAGUUUGAAACACUAAGUAAAUUCAUUUGAUUAAAGCUAUAGUAUGAAAAAAGAAUUUCGUGUACUCUUUUCAAAAAUAUUUAUGGAAUAUAUAGAAUAAUUACAUAAAGUAAUCUUUAUUCUACCUAAAUAUUGCAAGAUAAAAGAGGUUGUAUAAACAAUUUAUGACUGCUACUCUUAAUCGACGCUUUAAAUAUAAGAACUGAAUUUUGGUUUGCAAUUUUACUCAUUUUAGAAUGAAUUGGCUGAAGUUGAGUACAUCGUACUGCAAUUCAAUUAAGAUUAGCAUCAUUAGACUUUAGCUACUAUCACUUAUAAAAUUUUUUCUAAUGUCCAUCAAGUCAAUUCUUUUAAAAAAACAGAGUCAUCUGAUCCUAAAUUAAAUAAGGAAAAAAAUGAAUAAAUUAAAGCUUCAAAUCAAGUAGUUAGACGUUCUGAUAUAAAACAAAAAAUAAAAUUAGAAAAACUAGAAAAUAAGUUUUUUGAUGCUAAAUAUAUUAGUUAAAUAGGUUAAGCAUCCUUAAAGAAUAUUUAAGCCUUUUUAAAAGAAAUAAACUAGCAAUUUAUAAUACAGAAUAAUGCAUUUUAGUAUCGCACUCACAUAAUAGAUACCAUGCUAAAAAAUAAUAUUAUUCAAUAGUCUUUUGUGCUUACAUUGGUAAAGAACUUGCAAAAAAGAGAUGAAAUAAAAUAAUCAAAUUCAGAAUUGUUCAUUUAAAGCAUAAUUCGUGAUUCAAAUUCAAAAAAGAAAUCUGAUUCAAAAUAAAAUUCUAAUAAAAAGUAAAGCAGCAGUAAUUAAUAAAAGUUGGCUGCAGAAUUUAAUUCAAGUUUUAAAAAAUAUUUUUUAAAAUAUUCUCAAUAAUAUAUCUACAAUGAAGAAAGUAGUGAAAAAAUCGCUAAGUAUCAAUCAGCGACUGAUGACUGUUAGAAUUCGACUGCUGACCAUGUCUAAAAUUAGAAUACUCAUGAAAAUCAUCAUUAAACACACAAUUCCUUUUCUAGAAAUAAUAAUGCUUAGAGUAACCCAACAGAGAUAAUUUCUCAAAUAGAAGAAGAAACAAAUAAUUAAGAUGAAGUUUUAAGAAAUUCUAGGGGUAAAAAUAGCUCAAAGAAUAGGUAAUCUAAACAAAGCGAUAAAUUGAGCAAAACAGAGGACCUUUAAAAAAAAAGUUAAAUUGGCAAAAAUAAAAAGUAACUGUCUAAAAGUAUCAUCAACGAAGAUAUUUUUAACUACACAACAGCAAAUAAAGUUCAAGAUUAGAUUAAAAUUUUGAAGGAACUAAAAUCGGUUCAGGCAACAGAAAGCAAGUACUGUUUGAAAUAAAGCCAUAUAAAAUAUAUUCAAGAGGUAAUACCCGAAGAAAUGAUAAAUUAGAGCAAAGCAUUAAAAAAUAGUAAAUUAAGUUCUAGUUGA